AAAACCGGAACGGCAAAUGACUGGAACUAUCGACUACUAUUUGUAUUUUCAUACUGAAGAGUGAGCAUCGUCUGCUUCCUUGUGAAACGGUUGUCAGGGGAACGUCAACAGUUCUGACGUUCUGAGAUGGAACACCAAGGGAGAGAACUAAACAGCAUUCUUCUUAGUGGUGAAUUUGAGGAAGAACAUUUAUUAAAAGAGAUGGAAUUCAUGUUAAAGGUGGUAUCAUCAGAAGACAAGGACCUUGUUCUUAAAAAACAGCAGCUGAUAAAAGAGCUUCAAACCAUCAGAGGCUUAUCUACAUCACUCACAGAAGAAAUUCCAACUGUUUCUGCACAACAGUUAUCAGAAUGCUUCAACAUCCCCUCUGAAAAUGACCGAAACAAGUUGGUUAAGGAAUCAGCAGUAUGUGGAAAAUUGAAUGACCUUUGUCAGAAAAAAACCUCCAAUGCAUCAUAUCAAGUACAUUUUAUGGAGCAGGUGAAAAUUCAUAGAAACACUAACAACUGUGCAGGUAGGAAAGAUGUUGAUAAUCAGAUUAUACGGCUGAAAGAAAAUAAAAUUAACCAGUCUGUUGAGAAUGUCAACACUGCUGCUGGUGGGAGUGUGAGUUAUUGGGAUGAAGAAGAAAUUCCCACAUCUAGUGAUGGAUCUUCUCAGUGUCAUACAAGACUAAGGAGACAAAGAAACGAAAAGGUGGCUCCAUCAAUAAGUAUGUUUCUCCAGAGGUCAAAAGAAAAAUGAGCAUGACAGAAUUUGGAGGCUCUGAAACAGAUAAUGCUCAAGCUAAGUACAAUGAUAUUCUCACAGAUGAGGAGUUGGCAAGUACCAUGCAAAAGCCAAAUGACUUUUCAGAAAGCAAGGACCCACCCCACUGGUCCUCUGGCAGUACCAGUCCUCUCACACCAGUUGCAGCGAUAGAAUUGGGUGCAUAUCACUCAGCAACAGAGCAAUCACCAACUAAAGGACAAAAAGACUAUAAGUUUAAGGGGGGUAUCAUACCAACAAAGCCAAAAUAUAGAUUUACUCCAGGCAGAGGGGAUAAAAAAAUUAUGGAUUCUGAAAGUGAUACAUGUUUUUCUGAGGUUGAUUACAGUUCGCAAGUUUUGCCUGCUACAAAGUUGGUUGAAUGUGUGCCUUUGGAGAACGUAAAGAAAACCAGCAGUUUCAGAGUUAAUGCUUUAGACUGCAGCAAAAGUCUCAAAAUAAAACCAUCAAACACAGCUGGCAGCAACUUGGGCAUAUCCACAUGGGGUGAGCAGAUGCAAUAUGCUGACCAUAACAUUCCUGUUGAUCAUCAUGGCUGCAGCAAGGAUCGUGAUACCCCAGUUAACAUGAGUGAUAGAUCUAGCUCAUACAUCAUGCUGAGACCUCGUGGUGAUUCAGUAAAGGUGCAAUCAGACAAAUCACCAAUAGAAAAUUAUCCGCAACCACUUCAGACAUUGUUUGCUAGAGAGAAGAAUUUUAUCUUGAAAUUGACAGAUGACUAUAGGGAACACAUCAAGCCUAGAUUUAGUGCAGUAAAGCAAAGUGCUAGCAGUCAAUGUGUAGCUGAUGACAUUGAUGUCAAUGUGAGCAGGUCUACAGUUCAUCUGGACAAGCUUACUGAUGCAUGGCCAAAUCUAAUGAAGACAAAAUGGAAGUCUAUGUCUGCGCCAGAGCUGCGUUGCAUAUCUGAGCAAGCAGAAUGCAGGUGGUUGUCUCAAUAUGAUUUACCCCUUUCAUUAAAGAGGGAUUUUUAUGGGAAGAAGAAAACACCAUAUGGCGUACAAGAUUUUGAAGAAAUGCCUGUUCUUUUGUGGGGUGAGGCUGCCUACAAACACUACAGGCUGCUAGCAGCGAUGGAGGCAAAAAGAAAGAUUGAGAUGAUCAAAGAGAUAAGAAAAGAAAUUAUCAACAAAUAUUCCUGCAAACAAAAGAUGUUGGAAAAUAUUGUCAAAGCUGCAAAGGCUUACUACAGCAAUCCAACAGGCAAGAACAGGGAUCAGUGGAAGGAGCUGAAAAAGGAAAUUAGUCAAACCAGCAAUGAUAGCAUCACUGACUUGAGACAUAAACUGUCUGAGGUUCCCAGUUACCCAUCAUUUUUCACCUACUUCAUUGUGUUGGCACAGCUGGUGUCUUUGACAGUUUUGUGCAUCUACGGCAACCUGGCACCAUUAGGAAUUCUCAGUCAAAAGCAACUGCGCAAAGAAGUGCAGACAUUUUUAGGAGCUGAAACCUUUCACAGGUGGAUUCCACCAAAUCCUUGGAUUGGUCCCCCUGCAAAAUCUUUUCUUGAAAUGGGUGCAACCUUUGCACCUUGCCUGCGAAGAGACCGCUAUGUGCUGGAGCUGAGUGAGAUGAACAGGUACAAUAAAUUGGAUACAAAAAUUUUGGAUGCUGCCAGAUGCCUGGGCCGAUCAAUGCUGCUGGCACUACAAUGUGUUGGAUGGUGGGGUCCUCCUCAUUGUAGUAAUCGCUUACCUGGAAAAAACAGCAUUGCUCAUGUCAUUCGACCUUGCUGCGUGGAUCAUCAAGGAACCUGCAAGAUGAUGUCUUAUGAACAUUGUAACUUUUUAGGAGGAGCUUUUCAUAUCAGGAAAGAACACUGUGUUGAGGUCAACUGCAUUCAAGAAAUAUGUGCCAUAAGCACAUGGUUUCAGGUGGAGUCAGAUCCAGAAAAACCAUGGCUGCCUGCCAAGGACACAUCUUGGCAGUGGUGGCGUCUGAUCAUUUCUCUAAUCUAUACUUUUGGCAUUCUUCACUGCCUGAUUCUGUUGAUAAUCCAAUGGCUUCUUAUGCGGCCUUUAGAGACAAGUGCUGGCUGGCUCAGGAUAAUGUUAGUAUACAUCUUAUGUGGAGUUGCUGGUCAGAUAGUGGCCAGCAUAGCACAGCCUUAUAUACCGCAUGUAGGUAGCACAAGUGGAGUUGCUGGAAUGAUAGGUGAAGCUGUAGUGGAGCUUAGCCAGGCAUGGCAUCUCCUGAAGAAGCCACAAAACGAAGUUAUUAAACUGGCUUGCUUCCUGAUUAUUCUGUUGCUGAUGGGCUUUUUGCCUUAUGUAAGCUUGCUUGCAACUGUGACAGGGUUUGUCUGUGGGACAGUAUGUGCCUUGAUCUUCAUGCCAUACAUCACUUUGGACAGGUGGGCAAAAGGUCGAAGAGCUCUUCUAAUGACUUGCGGUUUGGUACUACUUGGACUGAUUUAUGUUGCCAUUCUUUUUACAUUCAUCCAGAUUCAACCACGACCAUGCCAUCUCUGCCAAUCACUAGAUUGUGUUUCCUUAACAGAAACUAUGUGUGAUGAAUGGGACUUGUUUGGAUAGUGGAGUCGGUGUUGCACUGCAAUGAACUUCACAAACAGCCAAAGGCAAAUAUGAAAAACCAUCGCUACUUGAACAAGCAUAUCUCUUCUAGUUAUUUAUCUUCUACACUUUUAUAAGUCUUUGCUUAAGUGCAGCCUUUGGGUAAUUGUCAGGACAUGUAAUUCAUAUUUCCUUUAAUGACAGUCUUGACCGAGUAGCACAAUAAAGUUUGUUUUUUUAUUU